UUGUCUGGGGAGCAGUGUUGUCAAGCGACAUUUUAAACUAGCGUGCUGUAGAAAGAGUCCCAUCAUUUAGUCGCUAAUUUUUCGACGUGAAAAACCAAAGAGACGCCGAAGGAAUUAGGAAAUGGCCAGCACAGACAUCCCCAUGGAGGCAGCUGUGGAAUCGGCGACCGGCAUCACGCCCAAUUCAAAUGCGAACUCAAACAAUGUGGCGAAGAAGCUGCCCGCGGAGGGCUCCACCGGUGAUAAUCCCAAUGCCAAUGCCGACGAGAUGACGUCCCGCGACUAUUACUUUGACUCCUAUGCCCAUUUCGGGAUCCACGAGGAGAUGCUCAAGGACGAGGUGCGCACCGUCACAUACCGCAAUGCCAUGUACCACAACAAGCAUCUGUUCCAGGGCAAGACCGUACUGGACGUGGGAUGCGGCACAGGCAUUCUGUCCAUGUUCGCUGCCAAAGCCGGCGCCGCUCAGGUGAUCGCCGUCGACUGCUCCAACAUCAUUGAGUUCGCCCGCCAAGUGGUCAUUGACAACAAUCUGCAGGAUGUGAUCAAGGUUGUCAAGGGCAAGAUUGAGGAGGUUGAGCUUCCAAAUGGUAUUGAGGGAGUGGACAUCAUCAUUUCCGAGUGGAUGGGUUACUGCCUCUUCUACGAGUCCAUGCUGGAUACAGUGCUGUACGCGCGGGACAAGUGGCUGAAGAAGGACGGCAUGAUGUUCCCGGACAGGGGCACGCUGUACAUUACUGCCAUCGAAGACCGCCAGUACAAGGACGAGAAGAUCAACUGGUGGGACGAUGUCUACGGUUUCGACAUGAGCUGCAUUCGCAAGGUGGCCGUAACUGAGCCACUGGUCGACGUGGUCGAUCCCAAGCAAGUGGUAUCCACAUCUUGUAUGGUCAAGGAGGUGGACCUGUAUACCGUGCAAAAGGCAGAUCUCAACUUCUCGUCCAAGUUCAGCCUGUGCAUCAAGCGCAACGACUUCGUGCAUGCAUUAGUCACCUACUUCAACAUAGAAUUCACCAAGUGCCACAAGCGUCUUGGGUUCAGUACGUCACCAGACUCCACAUAUACGCACUGGAAGCAAACCGUGUUCUAUCUGGAUGACCACAUGACGGCCAAGAAGAACGAGGAGAUCACUGGCACGUUCCAAAUGAAGCCCAACGAGCGGAACAACCGUGACCUGGACUUUGUCAUCGACAUUAAUUUCAAGGGCGAAUUGUCUCAAAUUCAGGAGUCGAACACAUACCGCAUGCGCUAGGGGCUGCCAUAACCAAUCCGAUCUGCUUUUUGGGAUGGGGCUCAGAGCCCUGCAGCGAGGAUACAUAAAAUGACUAGACGUAAGGUUUAUUCCAGUGCGAAAUGUGCAACGAAUUCGUGUUGCGUCUUCUCCUAAGUUUAAAGUGUACCUUUGUUAGUAUACAUAAUAUUUUUACACUCGUGCGCCUGUUUAAAUUAUUAUCCGAACAUACUUCUAAGAAAGUUGUACAGCAGCACGUCAAUUCUCACAUAAUAAACAGUGCAUUAUGCACGUCCCCUUUUUGCUGGAAA